CCGGAGGCACCCAGUCCCGCCCGAGCGCGGCCUCCUGCCGCGGGUGCCCGCAGGCUACUGUGCGGGCCGCGGAAGCGCCGGGAGCCUGUCCUGCCGUGGAAGCCAUGGCCUCAGGGAAGCCCCAGCCCAUGCCGGGCUCCGGGGGGCCGCGCCAGCCGCGGCGGCUGCCCGCCGAAGGACGCUCCGCGCCGGGCCGCUACCUGAGGUGAGCGCCGCAGCCCGCGGGAUUCGGGCGAGCGGCACCGGCAGCAGCGGCGCUGGAGGUCGCGGCCCUCGCCGUGGCUGUUGCUGCGGAGGUAAAUUUUUCCAUAACCUUAUGGAGAAAAAGGACUUUGAAGCAUGGCUUGAUAACAUUUCUAUUACAUUUCUUUCUCUGACGGACUUGCAGAAAAAUGAAACUCUGGAUCACCUGAUUAGCUUGAGUGGAGCAGUCCAGCUCAGGCACCUCUCCAAUAAUCUAGAGAUUCUCCUCAAGAGGGACUUCCUCAAACUUCUUCCAUUGGAACUUAGUUUUUAUCUGUUAAAAUGGCUUGAUCCUCAGACCCUACUCACAUGUUGCCUCGUCUCUAAGCAGUGGAAUAAGGUUAUAAGUGCCUGUACAGAGGUGUGGCAGACUGCAUGUAAGAAUUUGGGUUGGCAAAUAGAUGACUCUGUUCAGGAUCCUCUGCAUUGGAAGAAGGUUUACCUAAAGGCUAUUUUAAGGAUGAAGCAACUGAAGGACCACGAAGCCUUUGAGACAUCCUCUUUAAUUGGACACAGUGCCAGAGUAUAUGCACUUUACUAUAAAGAUGGACUUCUGUGUACAGGAUCAGAUGACUUGUCUGCAAAACUGUGGGAUGUAAGCACAGGUCAGUGCAUAUACGGUAUCCAGACACACACUUGUGCUGCAGUGAAGUUUGAUGAGCAAAAGCUUGUAACAGGAUCUUUUGAUAACACAGUAGCCUGUUGGGAAUGGAGCUCUGGGGCAAAGACACAGCAUUUUAGAGGACAUACUGGUGCAGUUUUUAGUGUGGAUUACAAUGAUGAACUUGAUAUUCUGGUCAGUGGCUCGGCAGACUUCACUGUGAAAGUAUGGGCCUUAUCAACAGGAACGUGCCUGAAUACCCUUACUGGACACACAGAAUGGGUCACUAAGGUAGUUUUGCAGAAGUGCAAAGUCAAAUCUCUUAUGCAUAGUCCUGGGGAUUAUAUUCUUCUAAGUGCAGAUAAGUAUGAAAUCAAGAUUUGGCCUAUUGGAAGGGAAAUAAACUGCAAGUGCUUAAAAACACUGUCUGUGUCUGAAGAUCGCAGCAUCUCCCUACAGCCCAGGCUGCACUUUGAUGGUAAAUACAUAGUGUGCAGUUCAGCACUAGGUUUAUACCAGUGGGACUUUGCCAGCUAUGAUAUUCUCAGGGUUAUCAAACCUCCUGACUUCUCAAAUGUGUCCUUGCUGGGCUUCGGAGAGAUAUUUGCUCUACUCUUUGAUAACAGAUACCUGUAUAUAAUGGACUUGAGGACAGAAAAACUGAUAAGCCGCUGGCCUCUACCAGAGUAUAGAAAGUCAAAGAGAGGUUCAAGCUUUUUGGCUGGUGAAAUGUCUUGGUUAAACGGACUAAAUGGCCAAAAUGAUAUGGGCUUGGUUUUUGCCACCAGUAUGCCAGACCAUAGUAUUCAUUUGGUGUUAUGGAAAGAACACGGCUGAAAAGCUCACAUAUGCAGAAUCUUCAGGAAUAUAUGGACUAUCAUCAACGUGUCCAUAAAAUGAGACUUUGCAUGAACCAAAGUUGCACACCUAAUGGUAUCAUCAUGCAAUGCACAAUCAUUUACUUUUAUUUGGGCAUUUGGGAAUGGGUUGUUUUGGACAUAAUGCAAUACAGCAUGCUAACAGUAUUCACCACAAAAUUUUGUCUGUACUCAUGUUUAAGCAUACUUGUUUGGGCUCUGAAGCAUAGCUUGUCACAUUUAAACCAUUCAAAUCUACCAUCAAGUCUGAAAUGAAGUAGUGCUUGACCUGACUUCUGACCUAUUUUUUUUGUUGAAACAGAAGGUGAAGCUACUAUUUUAGAACCAUAGGCUUUUGUACAUGUAACAGCAAAUACUGGUUACAGUGCAUGGCUGCUUAAAUCAAAUGAGAAAUAGCAAGCCCUUUCUCUCUCCAUUAUCAUUCUCUUCAAAACAUUUUUUCCUUAUGAUAGCUUUAAAUACUUAGCCUUUGCAAUAGCAGAAUCAAAUGGGUCCUUUAACUAGGAUUAGAUGCUAACAAUAAUAGUUUGUUUAAAUUUGGGAACAUGUCAACAUGAACUCUCCUCAGAGAGAAUGAGCCAGCUUUUCAGCUAUCUGAUAGAGCUUGCCAUUGCAAUUAACCUUAGAGGACCUCUGACAGUAUUCAUCAUAUUUGCUGAUGGUAACUCAGAAUGGCUUAAUCAGUAUUUUAUAGUCCAUAUUUCUUGUAGUUUGUGUGAGAAAUAACUUAGUUCACAGAUAGGUAGGAAUGUAAUGAACGGGAAGAUGAUGUUCAAUCUCUACAGAAAGAGUCACUCUCUUACAUUAAAUGAUGUCUAGCAGCCAUUCACUUUUUCCAAAAGUUGCAGUUAAUAUAAUCAGGCACUUAAAGUAGUUGCUACAUCUAGAUUUGGAAAGCAAGGGCAAAUAACAGAAUGCCACACCUCUGGGGAAAAAAAAUAAAAUAUCAAAAGCCUGAAGAAAAGCAUAGGAGUAGAAAAAGGUCUUUUGGUUUGAUCAUUGUAGGAGACCUGAUGUACAUGAGUUAACUAUUAAGUAGCAAAUGAAUAGCCACAUACUUUUGUGGUAUUUGACAUGUACUUAAAAGCUGUAUCUAUAACAUCUCAUGCUUUAGAAAUGCUUUAGGUUGGUUUCUUCUCCUUCCUCCCUUAAAAUAAAAUCUCCCCUUAAUUUUUUUUUUUUUUUUUUAACACAACUUGAAAACAUGAGUUUUCAUGAAGACUGGCUCAUGUCCUUGAAAAGAUAAAACUGCCUAGCGUUA